AUGUCGGCAGACAGCACUGAUGCAAUAUUGGUCACCAACGUUGGGCCAAUGUCGGUUACCAACAUCGGCGCAAUGUUGGCUACCAACGUCGGGGCAAUGUUGGCAGACAGUAUGGAGGGAAUGUUGGCUACCAACGUUGGGCCAAUGUUGGGACAAUGCUGGCAGACAGCAUUGAGGAAAUGUUGGCUACCAACGUUGGGCCAAUGUUGGAACAAUAGUCAUAACAUGGUGCAUGGAAUCUAUGCCAUGGAUUGGACCCCACUGAAUUUAAACACGAAGAGGAGUUUGCUAUUUAUUAUUGGUAAUUGUCUGAGACCUGUUAAAUUUACAUGCGGCACUGUUAUCCCUCUGUCUCUUGAUUCUUUCAAUCAGUCCAAGUUCAAUGCUCCCGAGAUUGUCGAUAUGCACAUGCUACCGGUCAGUUUUACUAUUCUUCAGUACAUCGGCUUCUGGCGACCGGUGAAGCUCUCUUCGGAGUGGAAAUGCAUGGCCUACGGCAUUUAUUCGACUUUGGUAGUCUUCACAGUCUACAGUAGCAUCGUAUCGGAGCUGAUAUACAUGGCGACCUCGAAUGACAGUGCCAAAGAUACCAUAAACAACUUGGUGAUUCUUCUUUCGAUGAUCGGGGCGAGCGCUAAGCUCACGACUGUUCUCCUGCAACGCGAGAAAAUUUCUAAUCUCAUCGCGAUCCUUCGGACUCAUCCAUUCUAUAAAUCAACCGCUUCAGCAUACGUUAUCCUCUCUGGAGUGACAACAGCCAUGGUGACGGGUGCGAGUUUGUGUACGGAAGCACCGAGUGGAAUUCUACCGUACAAAGCCUGGUAUCCCUACAACACAUCGACUCCUCUCGGAUUCUGGAGUGCAUAUCUGCAUCAAAUUAUCGCGCACGCUUAUGGGGCUUUUACCAAUGCAGCCUGCGACACUCUGAUAUACGGAAUGAUAAUGCAGAUCUGCGCACAAUUCGCCAUUCUCCAGCAUCGCUUCCACCUCCUGCCAAAGUCACUUGCAGCUAUUGGGAAAAAUAUUGAACAAUGGGAGAGGAAGGAAUUGGGAAAUUGUGUGAGGCAUCAUCUUCGAAUAUUGCAUUUUGCAGACGAAUGUAAUCGAGUCUUUGACUCCCUGAUUUGUCUACAAUUUCUGAUAAGUUCAACAGUACUUUGUGUCAGUGUCUAUCGACUAGCCCAGAUCGAGCUAUCCAGCCCUGAUUUUCCCAUCAUAGUCAUGUACUUGAUGUGCAUGCUGUCGCAAAUAUUCAUCCUCUGUUUUUCUGGGAGUCACCUGAUAUUCGAAAGUCAUAACAUGGUGCACGGAAUAUAUGACAUGGAUUGGACUCCACUGACUCUAAAUACGAAGAAGAGUCUGAUUUUUAUCAUUGGUAAAUGUCUGAGACCUGUUAACUUCACGUGCUGCACUAUUCUUCCUCUAUCUAUUCAUUCAUUUAAUCAGUUGAUUAAACUUUCGUACUCGACCUUCAAUGUUCUACAACAAUCGUCAGGAGUGAGCCAUUGACACACAGGAAAUAAUUUAAUGGACACACCUAGCGAAUUCGCUAGACAAUUCUAUUAAACUUUCUAUUAA